AUGUAUUCUGAAAUCAUGGAUCCAAUAUUACAGUAUUUAAUAAUAGAAACUGCUAAAUUUGGUGGAUUACUUGUGUUGCUAACUCUUAUAGAAUUACGUUUAUCAAAAUACAUAAAGAAAUAUUAAUUAAUUAUUAUAAUUGUAUUAGUACUAAUGCUUCCUUAAUUUGAUUAUAAACAUUAAUAUUGUGAAAAUUAAUUAUCUCGUUGUACAUAUUUAGUAUCAUAGUCAAAAAUCGAUGUUUAAAUAAUAGCAUAUUAUAAUCAUGUCUUAUUGUGA